UUAAAUCUCCCUUUUUGUUCUACUCAGGGACUGAUCUGUCUCAUCUGGCUGGUCACCAACCCACCACAUGCCAACAUCAACAUAGGUUUCCACAGCGCCACCAUCAUCAUGGAGUGUGUCGCCGGUUCAGAAGUUGGAUUCUGGUGUGUCCUUGGAUACAUCGGUGUGUUGGCCUGUGCUUGUCUACUGAUGGCUUUUCUGGCUCGGAAGCUGCCAGAUAACUUCAAUGAAGCCAAGUUCAUCACCUUCAGCAUGUUGAUCUUCUUUGCAGUGUGGAUCACCUUUAUACCUGUUUAUGUCAGCACACCUGGAAAGUUCACAGUGGCCGUUCAUAUUUUUGCCAUAUUAGCUUCAGCAUUUGGACUUCUCUUCUGCAUUUUUGCUCCAAAGUGCUACGUUAUUAUUUUGAGACCGGACAGAAAUAGCAAGAAACACAUGAUGGCACGGUAGAUAUGUAAUGACAAA